UACUCCAAUUCCUAUGGCGGAACUCUUUACGAUCGAUGGAACUAUAAAUAUAUAAAGAGAACGAAGAACACUUUUAAGAACUUAAAACCAAUGAUUCGCCAUAUGUUCUCCUCUCUGACUCACAGAUUCGCAUGGCGGAUUCCACACUUCGUCUACGGCGCAACGUGGACGUUGUUUCUGACGUUAACGGUGGCUAUCAUCUCGCUUGCACCGGAAUUCGCUUUCGUGUCGGCGAUUUUCCCGUCUUCUUCUGAGGUGUUCUCGCGGCGGUGCGGUUCUUAUGCAGCCAUAUUGGUUCCGCUGGAUCUUCCCUCGGAGGUCUUGUGUUUACCGGCGAAUCUUUUCCGGAGGUCGAAGAUGGACCUCGUUGUGCCGCCGGUUUUUGCAGCAAUUGUUGUGGCUCUUUCCGCCGUCGUCGUAAGGACUAUGGGCCUUUGGGAGGCCGACGAAGCCCAUUAAUUUAGGCCCAUGAACUGGUUAUGAUAUAACCUUUGUUAUUUCAUUUGGGAGAUAUAAAUAGAUUACUAGAUGAAAAAAGUUAUUUUCUUACACAAACAAAUUGUGUUUUAUAAUUUUAUUCAAGAAAAAAUAUGGAUAAUGAUUUCUAAAUUAUGGUAUUCCAUAAAGAAAUAUGUGGUGGUGAAAAAGAUAUGGCAUUAAUGUAACAAUAUCAAGAAGGAUAAAUAAAUUUUGAAUGUCUAAG